UAUAUAAAAGGGCUGGGCCCUUGAACCGUCUCUCUGUCAGUGUGUCGAGCUCAACCCUGAAGGCAGACCCCUCACAACACAAAAUGCCUGCAGACUACAAUGGACGCUGGGAGAUGGUGCGAAACGACAACUUUGAGGACGUCAUGAAGGCGCUCGACAUCGACUUCGCCACCAGGAAGAUCGCCUCCCACCUGCAUCAGACCAAAGUGAUCGUCCAGAACGGAGACAAGUUUGAGUCGAAGACGAUAAGCACCUUCAGGAACUACGACGUCAGCUUCACGGUGGGAGAGGAGUUCGAGGAGCACACCAAGGGCCUGGACAACCGGAAAGUCAUGACAACGGUCACCUGGGAUGGGGACAAGCUGGUGUGCGUUCAGAAGGGGGAGAAGGAAAACCGCGGCUGGAAACACUGGAUUGAGGGAGACAUGCUGUACCUGGAAAUCACUGUGCUCGACAAAGUCUGCCUCCAGGCGUUCAAGAAGACACAGUAACACACCUCAUCUGCUCCCAAACUGCCCGUCGCCAUGUGUCGCAUCGCGUCACUGUCUAUUUUUAAUAAUGUAACUGUGGAGACCUGUAAUAAACUCACCAUAAUACCGCU